AUGUAUUUGUGUGCUGCAUUAAUAAAGCAAAUGGAAGCAACUCAACAAGCAGAAAGGAAGAGUAUGAACAAAAGCACUGCAUUUGCUCUUGCAAAUCAUGAUGUUAGAGCUUCUCUUGCUGGUCUAAAUGGAUUAAUUGAUGUUAGGAUCGGCAAGAUUGAAGAAGGAAAGAAGCAACUUGAAGAAGAAGAAUUCAGCAUGCAAGAGCUACUUGAACAUAUUGUCAAUUUCUAUUACCCUAACGGAGCAAUGAAAAAUGUAGAUGUGUUACUAGAUCCAUGUGAUGAUUCUAUCACAAGAUUCUCUCGUGUAAAAGGCGAUAGGAGAGAAUUAAGACGGAUCUUGAGUAACUUGUUGCAUAAUGCAGUUAAAUUCACCUCAGAGGGACAUGUUUCUCUUCGAGUUUGGGCUCGAAAAACUGGUUUUGAUCAAAGCUCCAAUCUUGCUGCUCCAAGUACAAAUUGUUAUGUUGGUUGUAUGUCAUGCUUUCUUUUACAGAACGAUGAAGCAGUUUCUGCAGAAUUGCAAGUACUGAACAAAGUCCAGAAAGAUCCCAACUGUGUGGAAUUUAUAUUCGAGGUGGAUGAUACAGGGAAAGGAAUUCCAAAAGAGAAACAGAAAUCUGUUUUUGAGAAUUAUAUUCAAGUGAAUGAGACAGCUCCUAAUUAUGGACAAGCAGGCACUGGCUUGGGGCUUGGCAUUAUUCAGUCUUUGGUUCGCUUAAUGGGAGGUGAAAUAGGUAUCAUCGACAAGGAUAUUGGCGAAAAGGGCCUUUGCUUUCGAUUCAACAUUUUCCUUAUAGCAUGUGAGUCUCAAGUUCAAGAACAUCAAGCAAUUAAUGUCAAUGUUUUAAGAGGAGAAGAUCCAGAGUCCCAUUUAGGAGGCUAUAUAACUAGUGACUCCUAUUAUCAUUCAACACCAAGUAGUAAUAGUAUCGCUAGCCAUCAGAAACCAGAAAGAUCCGAUGUCAUUCUUUUCAUUAGGGAGGAGGAAAGAAGCAAAGUUCUUCAUAGAUUCAUGAUGAACAUAGGCUUAAGGGCACAUGUUGUGAAGCGGCUCGAGCAAUUUUCUCCUACUCUCAAGAAGGUGAAAAGGAAAUUAAUCAACUUUCUGUCAUACAACUCAUCAUCUUCAGGGAAAUCAAAGGAAAUUCCCCUCAGUGCUUUAGAUGGAACACAUGAUGAUCAUAUCCCAUCCUUUCAGAGUAGGGGCGGCGGAGGACUUUAUUCUAAGAGUGCACUCAUAAGAUUCAUCUUGAUCAUAAUUGACACAAGUGCUGGACCACUUCGAGAAAUAAGUCUUGCUAUGGCUGAAUUUCGGAAGGACUUCCCCAAGAAUGCCUCACUUCGAGUUGUUUAG